CCCACUGGUUCUACUAAGCCAACCUUCCCGCCGCCCUCUCCCAGAUGGGAUCACCGCCCUCUACCGUCGACUCCCCCGACCUCCCUCCCCCGUCCUCCCCAUGUCGGAACCCCGAUGCCAUUCUCCUCGGCCCUCCGCUUCGCCGGCGCUCAUGGACCUCGACCUCGACGUCUCCCCGUGGACGUUCGAUCCGAGCCCCUUGGUCGCGAGCCUCCCCUCCUCGUUCCUCCUCUCGUCCUCCUCUCCGCUGUUCUUCCCUCCUCCGCCUUCGCCGCUUUGGAUCUUCGAAGAUACUGCUGCCGUCGUCUCAAGUUCUCUCGCCGACGACCCGGGGUUUUUGAAGGGUAAUCAUGACAUGAGAAAUGCAAAGGCUAACAUGGCUGAUAGCAAAGCAAUGGAGCUACAAGUUCCAGCAGUGGAGGAGUUCUCGGAUGGUUCCUUUGUGAUCAAGGAGAGGAUGACACAGGCACUUCGGUACUUUAAGGAGUCAACAGAUCAUCAUGUUCUGGUUCAGGUUUGGGCGCCUGUAAAGAACGGGGAUCGUUGUGUUCUCACAACUUUGGGACAGCCCUUCAUUCUAGAUCCUGAGAGUACCAAGCUUCUUCAGUACAGAACGGUGUCUCUAAUGUACAUAUUUUCGGUUGAUGAAGAUGAUGAUGCCGAUCUGGGUCUCCCUGGCCGUGUUUUCACAAGAAGAAUGCCAGAAUGGACACCGAAUGUGCAAUACUAUAGCAGCAAGGAGUAUCAGCGCCUUAAUCAUGCUCUCUGUUAUAAUGUUCAGGGGACCCUGGCAUUGCCAGUUUUUGAACCAUCUGGUCAAUCCUGCAUUGGUGUAGUUGAGGUCGUCAUGACAUCGCAAAAGGUCAAUUAUGCUUAUGAGGUUGAUAAAGUUUGUAAAGCUCUAGAGGCUGUUAACCUGAAAAGUUCUGAGAUUUUGGACCAUCCAAAUGUUCUGAUAGCCAAUGAUGGACACCAAGCAGCUCUAGCCGAAAUUCUUGAAAUCUUAACACUGGUCUGUGAAGCAAAAAAGUUGCCGCUUGCUCAGACUUGGGUUCCAUGCAGGCAUCAAACUGUUCUGACACAUGGUGGUGGUCCUAAGAAGAUUUGUUCAAGAUUUGAUGGAAGUUGCAUGGGACAAGUCUGCAUGUCAACAACAGAUGUUGCCUUUUAUAUUAUUGACCCUCACCUGUGGGGAUUUAGAGAAGCUUGUGUGGAACAUCAUUUGCAGAAGGGACAAGGAGUGGCUGGCAAGACAUUUGCACAACGUAGGCCAUGUUUUUCUAAAGAUAUUACCAAGUAUUGUAAAAGUGAGUAUCCUCUUGUACAUUACGCACGGAUGUUUGGUUUAGCUGGAUGUCUUGCCAUAUGCUUACGAAGUAACCAUUUGGGCGAUGACGAUUACAUAUUGGAGUUCUUCCUUCCGGCUGAUUGUAAAAGCCCUGGUGAGCAACAGGAUUUGUUGAAUUCCAUUUCAGGUUUGUUGAAACAGUGUUUUCAGAAUCUAAAAUUCAUAACUGAGGUUAAGUUUCAAGGAGGAAAGUCUCCUGAAGUUGACUUAAUUGCGGAUGGUAGCUAUGAAUUGCGACCUAGACUCAUAUAUAGUCCACGUGGUGACACUCAUGUCCAUAUACCUUCUGAAGCUAAUAUUGAUGAACCUGUAGACAAUGAUGACUCACUAAAUGAGGAAAAUGCAACUCCUGAUUUGCAUGGGCAGCAUUUGGCUACAGAUUCAAAUGUCAAAAAGAAUGGUAACAAACUUUUAGACUCAACUGCGUUGGACAACAAAACCAGCUAUAUACCUGCAAAGCGGAGAGGCAAACCAGAGAAGACGAUCAGUUUAGAGUUACUUCAGCAAUACUUCUCUGGGAAUCUUAAAGAUGCUGCAAAGAGUCUGGGAGUUUGUCCGACAACCAUGAAGCGCAUCUGUCGGCAUCAUGGAAUUUCCAGAUGGCCAUCUCGGAAAAUUAAUAAGGUUAACCGGUCUCUUUCCAAGCUGAAGCAUGUGAUCGAGUCGGUCCAAGGUGCUGGGUCUUUGGAUUUGACCUCUCUAUCUUGUCCACUUCCAGUUGCUGUUGAUUCUGUUCCAUGGCCUGUUGAUUUGGAUAGUUUGAAGGACUUACAAGAUGGUGUUAAGAGGAGUGAAUUUUGUGAAUUUUCUCCCGAGAUACCCUGUGAUAGAGAAGAUCAACAGGACCAACCUGUUUCUCUUCGGGUACAUGUUAAAGAACAAGUCGAUCCUCAGCUUAACCCUGUCAUGGAUUCUCGUCGCUCAACAGGAAGCUCUUCAGAAGGAAGCAUGGAUGCCCCUACUUCCCAAGGUUCAUGCCAGGGAAGUCCAGUUAAUAAUUUCUUUGUGAGUAGCCAGCCAGCAUUGUCGGACUUAAAUCAGGCACAAGGCACCAAUUGUUCCUCAAAACUCACAUUACAAAAUGCUUGCUAUUGGAGUCUGCUGAAUGAAAACUCACUACCUGUUGCUGUCAAUUCGAAGCCCCAACUACCAGUUGGAGUGCUAAUAAAAGAUUCUGGAAGCUCAAAAGAAUUGAAAAUUAAUUGUACUUUUGCAGGGGUGGGUUCCCGGGAUGAACCUGCCAUGAUUCUAACUCGUGAUACCUCACAACCUUGGGUGUCACAAGAAACUAAGGCACUGACAAUCAAGGCAAGUUACAAAGAAGAUAUAAUUAGAUUUCGAUUGCCACACAAUGCUGGUAUCUUGGCUUUGAAGGAUGAAAUUUCAAAGAAGUUGAAGUUGGAAGUUGGCACUUUUGAUAUCAAGUAUCUUGAUGAUGAUCAUGAGUGGGUCAUGUUGACCUGUGACUGGGAUUUGGAGGAAUGCUUAGAUGUUUCGAGAUCUUCUGGAGCUCAUAUAAUCAGGCUAUCUGUGCAUGAUACAGUGACCAAUCUUGGAAGCUCUUGCGAGAGUUCAGAGGUUGAUUAUCACAAUUAUGUCACCAGACAGUUCAACGUCGGUUAAACAUACAUUUCAGAGAUCAUCUUACAAAUAUUCUCUAAAAUGGCACCAGCAUCUGUGCAGGAACCACGAGUCAAAAGAAGAGAAAGAAACAAGUCACAGCAAUCUGUAUAUGAUGGACCAGACCAGGAUAUAAAAUGGCAUCAUUAGCACUACCUACUGACUGGGAAAUGUAGAACUGUAAUGAAGUUGUGUUCGAUAACUCUGGAAGACAGUAAAGUACUAUGGAUUCAGAAGCCAAGUUUUGUUCUGAGGAUUGUUCUCACUACUUGUGGUGCCGAUCGAUUUCUGAUCUAUGGUUGAAAAGGGUACUCGAUGGUUACUAAGAUCUUUAAUAAUUGAUAUUGAUGAUACAUGCAAAAUCUACCUCGACUAAACUUUGCUUAUGAUGACUCUGUUCCCCGAAUACAAGAAGAGGUUUGCGGAGAACUGUUCCCUUGGCAAGGCAACUCAACAUGCAGGUCGGGAUCAUAAUAUUUUGCAUGCAUGAAUAACAUGUGCAUGAUCUUCUGAGUUCUAUAUGAAGGUGUUGAAUAUUGACCAUUGUUUGGUAAAUACUCCUACAUGCAUAUAUCCUUUUAUAAUUUCUUAAGCAUAGAUAAAUGACUUACAAACAAAAAGAUAAACAAAAUGUUGCAAUCUUUACAAUUCUUCUUAGAUUUCAAAACUGCUACCUUUUUGAGCUACCGCUCAGGCAUAUAGGCCCUAAUUCAAACUUGGACAAGCUCGGGUAUGUUUAUGCCAACUCAUAUUGUCCUGGAGUUUAAAAAUCGUCUCUGUUCAAACUUAGGGUUCAAGUUCAUGUGUAAAGGUUGAGCAGCUGGACUUGAUCUGACUAGUUCUUUAAUAAACAUCCACACAUUGUGGUAUAGAUCUUUUAAACCUCCCCUUCCCCAUUUUAUUUCAUCAACUUUGAAUCGAACUCUAUCAACUGCUUCCUUCUUUUUUCCUUUUUGUGUGUCUUGUGCCCAUUGAUCGUGGACCUGGCUCAACAGCAUUGUUUCUUUCUGAUGAUGCUGAUUGCUAUUAUUACCUCAGCCAUCACAUAAGUGUGGAAUCCAUAGUCUGUAGGGCCUCUGUAUGUGAUUGUGUGUUCACGAAUGUCAAAUCUUUCAUCCCUUAAUCGCACUGAAAAGCUCCUGUUGGUACCUCAUGUGGUGAUCCUAUAGGCCAUCCAUCUUUGAGAAUUCUUCCAACCCACGAUUGCCCAAGCCUAUCACACUUUUUCUUGUCUUUUCUCAGUUUCCCAUUUUAUUCUCCUUCCUGUGUAUCUGUUACCUGCAGUAGCCAUUGACCUCCUGCUCCUUUCCACUUCUUUCUCUUUUGAAGUUGAUAGUUACAUACCGAGUUUGAUCAAUUCUAGCCGAUUCCAGACAAUUUCAUGACAAAAUUGAAAAAAAUCAAUCUUAAAUUGGAUCAGUCUUGACUGAUACCAAUACAAAUCAAGUUUAUUAGAUAUAUGACUAGAUGUGCUUUAAUUAUUAUAUUUUAUUUCCUAGUGAAUGGAUUUAUUGACAUUUAAGUUGCCCUAUACCUUUAUUUAAAUCAGUUACCAUGUUGUUCGGUGGAUAUCUUAUCCUGAUUAUUCUCCAUUUUCAACUUCUAUUGCGACAGGUAACACCGAUUCACUAAAUUCUCUUUUGUAGCUAGUGAAUCAAGCCAUGGGACUUCGUGUUCAUGGGUUGGCUCUGAACACUACAGUUGCUGCGAUGAGAGUAAAUGCUCUGCAUUGCUUAGGGGAAUUGGUUUCAGCACUCGAUAAACUUGCGAUUUUGGACAUCUUGCUAGCACUUCAACGUUGUACCGCUAUCGACUACUCGACACCCACCCUCGUGCACACUGGGAGUGGCAAAUUGUAUUUAUAAACAGGUAUGCAAAGCUGCAUUUAUCUCCUAGAUACUAUUCUCUGUUAAGCUUAUUCUUGCAGCUGACAUUGAAUGGUUACCGCAUUCCAUUUACAUCACACGUUAGAUGUGCCAUCUUUUCCAAGCUUCACAAUUCUCGGCUUUUUAUUAUUCAGCAUGGCACAGAAUUUGCCAUUGAGCACGUGCUUUCCCUACUUUUCCCACUGCGUACUGCCCAGCAAUUGAAUGUUCAGCAAUUCACUUAGUACGUACUCUUCAUUAAGGAUAUCAUAAGUAAGAUAGAAGAGAAACGUGGUGCGACCAUGUCUGAUUCUGGUGCCUCACAAGUCAAAGUGUCAUCUGCGUUAGCCAACGAGCUUCGUUCUGAACCAUUACCAAAAUCUAGUGCACAAAACUCAUUGACAAAGAGCAGGCCCUCAUGCGAUGAAGACUGGGGUCCAACAGUAAAGAAGACUACCAAUGCUUCACUUCCUACGGAGUUCAGCCAUCAGCCUGAACAAUCAUUUCCGAUUCUGCAGUCAGCACUUGAGCCUGCUAUUCCCUUGCAGUCUCUUUUGGCCGUGCCUAUCCACCAAACCUCCAUGGCGUGCACUCCUGUUGACAUUGAAUGGCCUCCUUCAAAUUCGUAUUCUGGGUUUGGUGCACAGUUGAGCGUUAAUGAGAAGCAGAACCCCGCAGCGAUUUUCAAUAGUGCUUUCGACAAUUUGGAUCCUUUUGCCAAUUGGCCACCAAAGCCAAGCAAUUCUGCAAGCAAUUUAGCGUAUGUAACUGUACCAACACAGAGUCAUGAUAUAUCAGGAUCCGGCAUGAGCAGCAUAGAAUCUUCUACUGGGCAAUCGAAGCCACAAUGAACAGACUGGUGUGCCCAUGAAUAGCCAAUCUUUUGGUCAGUUGAAUCCUGCAUAUGCAUCAGUCGCUGGAGAAUCAGUCUCGGACUCAAGUACAAGUCACUUCAUCUCCAGUGGUCAUACUACUAAAACAACCGACCUUGAGUUCAUAUUCGCCUCUUCUCACCAUGGGCAGCCAACUCCUAGAACUGGAUCACCUCCUGCAACUGCCAUUGGAAGAGUUCAUCGAAGGAAUCAAGGGAAUGCAGGAUGAUCAAAAUCAUAGCAAGGAUCAUCAGAGCAACCUCCCCUAUCAGAGCCGACCGAAUAAAGUCCAAGGUGGAUUAUUGAGUUGAAUGGUAAUGAUGUGGAUUUUCCCUUUUGGCCAUAUAAAAGGUCAGGAUAGAUCUAAAAAGAAGAUGUAUUCUUUAUGCAUACAGUAAUUUACUGUUUAAAAUGUGGAAAUUCUGAUGGGAAGUAAAUGGAAAUUUUGCCUGUGCA